GCAAAGGGUUUACGGAUGACACGUGAUUAAGGCAAAAAUUAGCCACGCGCCGGUUAAAAGCAUCCAAAAGUCAUACAUGAUUCUUGUAGUUAUGCAAACAUCAUUGUUAAAAAGCAGCUAAAAAAAUCAACAAAAAACGCGAAACGUAAAUUUUGUUAAAAUACGCAAAACGGAAUCAGUACCACCCCUUCCCCACCUUGCCACCCCCUCCGAAUCGAUCGAUUGGUUCCAUUCCUUCAGUCUAGUCCAGUCCAGUAGAAGCCUGAUUUUUCAAAGGCCUGGUUACAACGCACAACAUGGCGGCAGGUCACUUGGCUCCUCGUUGUUAAAACAAAAAGAAGAAAAUUUGAAAAUUUCAGCAAGCGUUCCCGGUGAUUGGAACACCGAACUGAAAAAGGAAAGAAUCAUUUGCUACCAAACUUCGGUUCUAGACUGGAAUGGGUCAAAUAUGUGUAGCUCAUCCAGAGAUUUUAUAAUCGCUCGCACUCCUAAUCGUAUCUCCGAAACGGGGAAAAACAAUUAGGAUAUUUAGGUACAUUUCCCCUCGUUUAUAUUCAGUUCCUUGCCCUGGUGGCACUAAGGUUUUAACAAAAAGUCAGCUCCUGGGCUGUGCGGUCUCUUAGAGGAGGCACUGCUGUCGAAGAAGCGAAGGGGAAAGGGUUGAGGCUUGGUCCAAACGUUCUCCCUCAUACAAAAUGUGAACGUACAUGGGAAAAAGUAGGAUGCUUCAAAGACAACACAAAGAAUGGGAAGCGAACUCUUCCAGAGCUCUUAGUAAAUGACAGAGAUCCAAGAAGUGAUGCCUAUGAUGGACACAGGAUUGAUUGGCAUGCAUGGGAGGAGUCAAUGCUCAGUCUUGCCUGCCGCUGUGCAAAUGCCACUCUUGGAAAAGGCUGGAAAGUAUUUGGAUUGCAAUUCUAUGGAGAAUGCUGGAGUGGAGAGAAUGGUGAGACCACAUUCAACAAAUAUGGAGAGGCCCAGCCAUCAAAGUGUCUCCAAGAGCUGGUUAAACCAAUCCUGCCUUGUGAUAUCAAUAAAGAAAUGGAAUGUGUUGGAGCUCAAAGUACUAACUACAUCUACCGACUGAAGGACUUAAAACCAGCUGAUGUGAAUGGCGGUUACUCCAUGUGGUCUCAGUGGAACGAAUGCAGCGUUAGUUGUGGAGGUGGAACUAGAGCGCGAGAAAGAACCUGUACUGACCCUCCCCCUGUGGGAAAUGGAAAAGGAUGCGAACAUCUGGGUAAACCAGAGGAAGUGGAGAACUGUAAUGAGGAUCCGUGUCUUGACCGCGCGGGAGAUGUGGAUGGAGCCUGGUCUGAGUGGGCAAGCUGGACCCAGUGCUCCAAGACGUGUGGCGGGGGAAUAAGAGUUCGCGAACGAUCCUGCACCAAUCCUCCACCGAAGGGUAACGGACAGAGUUGCGUGGGAGAAGUGGAGGAGACUGGGGCGUGUUCUGAGAACCCGUGCCCUAAACCUUGUACCAAGGCUUUAGAUGUAGGAAUCAUUCUCGAUGGCUCGGGAAGUGUGCGCAAGUCCAACUUCAACAAAGCGAAAGAAUUUGUCCAGUCGUUAAUAUCUCACUUCAUGGUCUCCCCCAAGGCGACGCACUUUGGAAUUAUCACUUACAGCACGGAUUCGAGGCUGGAAUUUGAUUUCGCUAACGCAAAAUAUCACGACAUUGUGGAGCUAAAGAAGCGUGUGAUGGAGAUAAGCUACCCUGGAAGAUGGACUCGGACAGACAAAGCUUUGGAAAUGGCAGCUAAUAAGUUGUUUACCGUUGCUGGAGGAGAUCGUAACGACAAACCAAACAUUUUGAUUGUGUUGACUGAUGGAAAGACCAAUCGAGGCAGUAAGCCUUACCCUGAAGUACUGCAGCCGCUACAGGAACGAGGAGUCAGGACCGUUGCAGUUGGCAUUGGUUAUGGAAUAAACCGACAGGAGCUGCUUCAGAUCGCUAUGAACGACAAACAGUAUGUUGUGCAGGUCCAAAACUUUGACGCCUUGAAGGACAAACUACAAACGAUUUUGGAUGAGUCGUGUCAAGGAGUACCUCCGCCUAAACCGAGCCCUCAGUGUCGUGAAGGAGCGCUGGGUAUUCAGAGCGGCGCUAUUCCUGACAAUGCUAUCACAGUUUCCAGCCAGUGGGAUGGAAACCAUGGUCCAGAUCGCGCGCGACUCAAUAUAGCUAAGGUUGGAGCAAAGACAGGCGCGUGGUCUGCGAAAUACAGCGAUGUAGGGCAGUGGAUUCAGAUUGACUUCGCUAAAAUCGUCAAGAUAACAAAAGUCCUUACCCAGGGAAGGAGUGACUAUAAUCAGUGGGUAAAGUCAUACUGGAUAUCAUACAGCCUUAAUAAUGGAUUAUACGAGGCGUACGGUCAAGGCAGUCCCAUCAUAUUUGAUGGAAACACCGACCAAAAUACUGUGAAAGAAAACAAGCUGCAAGUGCCGAUAUACACUCGCUAUUUCCGCUUACAUCCCAAAACCUUUCAUAACCACAUUUCCAUGAGACUUGAGUUACAUGGCUGUCAAACAGGUUUUGUUCCUCCCAGUCCCCCACAGUGUAUGGACGCCCUCGGUAUGCAGAGCGGACGCAUAAAGCCAGACGCCGUGCAAGCGUCCUCGCAGUGGGAUGCAAACCACGGGCCAGACAAUGCCAGGCUUCAUUUCCAGAAGACAGGCUCACGAGUUGGAGGUUGGUGUGUCGCCACUAGCAACGCCAACCAGUGGAUUCAAGCCAAGUUCGACGUGGUUGCUAAGGUGAGAGGCGUUGCCAUGCAAGGACGAAUGGACUACGACCAGUGGGUCAAGACCUACACGUUGGCGUACAGCUUUGAUGGCAAGACCUGGAAAGAUUACGAACUCAACGGGAAAGUUACGAUUUUCCAAGGAAAUCAUGAUCGCUACAGAGUGGCAACUGAAGUUAUCGAUCCACCAAUCAUCGCACAGUAUGUGCGCGUUAAACCAAAGACGUGGAACGGAGCUAUCUGCAUGAGAAUGGAGUUUUACGGAUGUACUGAAGACGGCGACAUUUGUAACGUUCACAAACCCUGCAAGAAUGGUGCCCAAUGCACGAAUGUUGUCGGUGGUUACCAGUGUAAGUGCCCUAAUGGCUUCAAAGGAAAGAACUGUGACGAGGAUGUUGACGAAUGUGCCAAUGGUCCUUGUAAGAACAGUGGCAAGUGCACUAAUACCCCAGGAGGGUACAAAUGCGCGUGUGUCGGGGGAUGGUAUACAGGGAAGAACUGUGAUGAAGCUCCUACUGAAUGCAUUGUGAACACCAAACUCAGUGAAGCUAAUCGUGCCUCGGGGGUCUUGAGAAGAAGCUUUCUUAAAUGCGACCAACGGAAUCUACCAACAGUCGGAAAAUGGCAUCAAUUUGUCGGAGAUGCCGGCACCAAGAUACCCAACUCCUGUGUCCCCACUCAGCGUUGCGGUACCCACGCUCCUGGAUGGAUGCAGGGCGAUCAUCCCAAGAAGGAGGACGGAGUGGUCGACAGAAAGGUUUGCUUCCACUGGAGCAACAACUGCUGCCGAUGGAGUGUCGUGAUCAAAGUGCGAAACUGUGGUGGUCAUUACGUGUACAAGCUGGAGAAGCCACCAGCAUGCUAUCUGCGUGAAGAUGCCUUCCUUUGCUUUAUACCAGCUGUUCACGAAAGGAAUACAGUCGAUAGAUACUGA